GCCUCGGCUCUUCACUUCGAAAAAGAGGCCGUCUAUUCACACGGCCACAAAAGGGUAGAGGUUGAGAAAGCUUUUGUUUUAGAGAGAGGGAGAGAGGCCAAGAAAAGAAACAGAGGUUUUCUAUCUCCAUUUUGAGGGUGAGGAACAAUGGGUGCAGGUGGCAGAAUGUCCGUCCCGCCAACUCCAAAGAAGUCAGAAUUUCAAUCCCUGAAGAGAGUUCCUUGCUCAAAACCACCAUUCACUCUCAGUCAGGUCAAGAAAGCCAUAGCACCUCACUGUUUCCAGCGCUCUGUUCUGCGCUCAUUCUCUUAUCUUGUUUAUGAUUUUAUCUUGGUCUCUCUCUUCUAUUAUGUGGCUACCGAUUAUUUUCAUCAGCUUCCUCACCCUCUCUCUUAUGUGGCCUGGCCAAUUUAUUGGGCAGUCCAGGGCAGCGUCUUAACUGGUGUUUGGGUUAUAGCACAUGAGUGUGGCCACCAUGCCUUCAGUGAUUAUCAAUGGCUGGAUGAUGCUGUUGGUUUUGUCCUUCACUCAUCUCUGCUUGUUCCUUACUUCUCUUGGAAAUAUAGCCAUCGCCGUCACCAUUCUAACACUGGUUCCCUUGACCGGGAUGAAGUGUUUGUCCCCAAGCAAAAAGCAGCUAUAAGAUGGUGGGCCAAAUACCUUAACAAUCCACCAGGGCGAUUCCUCACACUUACAAUUCAGCUUACUAUCGGUUGGCCACUAUACCUAGCAUUCAACGUGUCAGGGAGGCCUUAUGAACGAUUUGCUUGUCACUAUGAUCCCUAUGGCCCCAUCUACAAUUAUCGUGAACGAUUGCAAAUAUACAUCUCUGAUGCUGGUGUUCUUGCCAUUACCUACUGUCUCUACCGUCUUGCAUUAGCAAAAGGGCUGGCUUGGGUUGUUUGUGUUUAUGGAGUACCAUUGUUGGUGGUUAACGCAUUCCUUGUCAUGAUCACAUACUUACAGCACACCCACCCAUCUUUGCCACAUUAUGAUUCCUCAGAGUGGGACUGGUUCAAGGGAGCUUUAGCAACCGUUGACAGAGAUUAUGGAAUUUUGAACAAGGUUUUCCAUAAUAUCACCGAUACUCAUGUGGCUCAUCAUUUAUUUUCAACGAUGCCUCACUAUCACGCAAUGGAGGCUACAAAGGCAAUAAAGCCUGUAUUGGGAGAAUACUACCAGGUCGAUGGUACUCCGGUGUACAAGGCAUUAUGGAGGGAGGCCAAAGAGUGUAUUUAUGUUGAACCAGAUGAGGGUGAGCACGGCAAAGGUGUGUUCUGGUAUAGGAAUAAGCUUUAAAUUUGCAUGUAGGAAAGUUUGUCGACUGUCAAGGAUUUUGGUCUUCCGAUGUUUGCUUGUUUUUGAAUUGAACUUUCGAGCUUUGUACUCGUCACAUUCCAAUAAUUUUGUUGACCUCUAAUUAUUGGUAGAAACAAUCAGACAGCAUGGUUUAUGCUUUUCGGGUGCUGUCUUUGGAUCUUUUA